AUGGAUACUCCCAAAGCCGCCAACAAAGGUGUUCCUCCGGACGAUGAUGGUUCGUCUCCCCGUGAUCCCACUGGCGACAAGGCAGCUUCGUCGGAUGCUCAGAUUGCUGCACAGAAACUUGACGAUCUCAUUGAAGGACAACGCAAGGAGUUUUCUGGCAGGAGAUUGGAACGCCACCAGUCCCGCCGCAUUACUUCUCUUUCAUCCCGUCGCAAUUUGAUGGCUGCCUCGCCAUCCAUGGUAGUUCGCAAGACAAGGUCCGAAGUUCUCCUUGCCCGCGGCCCCAGCAAUUCUUUUGUUGGAAACGCCAAGAAUCCACCUUCCACUGAUUCUUCCACACCUUCCCAGUCUGAAAAAAAGGAACCUUCUGGCAAUCUUGGUUCUCCAAGAAUGAGCAAGACUUCCGAAAAUUUGCAACUCGAUUUGGAAGCCAAGACUCGCGCUCGUGGUCUUCGAUCUCCUCCUUCGGUUCGAAAUAUUGGAGCAUCAUGGUCUCCUUCUAUCCGAAAUCUGGGAGCUAAAAAGGCACCACCACCACCACCUCCACCACCACCAUCAGACGCUGAUUUGAAUACAGCACUUGCACGUGGACCCCGUCGUCACAUGUCUCGUGGCGACUGUAAGCCCUCACCCGUCAGCAGAAAUCCAGAUCCAACUCCUUUGAUGCAAGAUGAUCCAAUCUCCUCCUUUGAAGUCCAGAUGGGCGGUCUCAAUAGCGCCUCUCGCACUGACAUGGCUUCAACUACCAUAUUUAGAGGAAACAGUGAUGAAUCGCACAAGGACCCGAGUUUGUUGUUGAGUCCAUCUAAUAGUAGUGUUCGGAAACAGCUUCCAUCACCAUCGUUUCGCCGCAACACUUUUAUGAGAGAUUCUUCCAUGUCCGUCCUUCGAUCGGCAACCGCAUCCAAUGCACGAGAUUUGGAUCAACUCAUUGCCUACAAGACGGGCAUUCCUUUGGAAAGUUCCAACAAUGAGGAAGCUGCGGUGGAGGAACAGAAACCUGCCACAGAACCACAAGGCCAAGAAGUUGUCAGUGAAGAAAAUGGUGUGAUUCUACCAAGUCCACGGGUUGCCUUUGCGGCAGAUCCUUCUCGUCCUGCUACUGGAUCUUUGUCCGGCAUGACCAACAAUCGGGAUUUGGACGAACUCAUUGCCUACAAGACGGGAAUUCCACUACAAGAUGGUUCUAAUGAGGAACAUGCGGAACUGACUGUCGAACAAGUUGCUCCUGGUUUGGGAAAAGGUCAGCUGAUGAACAGUGGUGAGGACUAUCCCAACCAACAACAAAUGGCCAAGCGACCUGAGCUUGGGGGAGAUGCCUUUGCCGCACCGGAGGGCAAGGGAGAAAAGUACGAUCCCGAGGGUGGUUUUGGCGGCAACGAUUGGGUAGAUGGAGACGAUGAAGAAGAUUUGGCCGUAGCCAUUGAAGUUCAAGAACCGGAAGAGGAUGCCUUCAUUCCGGCCGCGAUCGAAUACGAUCCGGAUGCCAAGCCGCCCAUUUACAAGCAUCGUCGUUUCCGCUUUUAUUGCGCAUUUCUCUUUGGACUUGCCGCAAUGGUGGCUGUCGGUGUUGUGUCCAUUAUGCAAUCCGAGCCAGAAAUUGUUCCCCAACCAGAACUUCCAAGCGAACCCACUGAAGCUCAAUCGAUCAAAUCCACCAUAGAGCUAUUGAUAGGCGAAGAAAAGUUGGCUGAUGUCGACGGGCCUCAUUAUGCUGCCUUGGACUGGAUUACCAAUGUGGAUAAGCUACAAGUGGGAUUGACUGACACGGGCCACCUAAUUCAGCGAUACAUUGUCUCUUUGUUCCAUUUUCAAACAUGGAAUUGGCUGCAAAGCUCUUGUGGAGCGACCGAUCUCUUGACGAACCAAACGUUCGGCGUGGAUGAACAUGAAUGUCUCUAUCAGCAACUGCAUUCUGUGUUUCCAGCGAGGUACAGAUCCAUGCCCUCCUACCGCUGGUUGACGAGCAAGCACGAAUGCGAAUGGGCGGGCAUUCGAUGUGAUGACGAUGGCAACAUACGAGUGAUUGAUCUAGCGGGUCAGAACAUUCGCGGGAAUCUUCCACCGGAAUUCAAAGAACUGCGUUUUCUACAGUCCCUAAUGUUGAGUUGGAAUCAGCUCACAGGUGCGAUUCCGAAGGAAUAUGGGGGUAUGCAGUACUUGGUCAACUUUGAGUUGGGCUUCAAUGAGCUGACGGGAACCUUGCCCAUGUGGACGGAAACUCGAAAUCUUCAACUCUUCAAUGUCGGUAGCAAUUCGCUCAGCGGAACGAUCCCUACUUUUAUCAAGAAUAUGAAGAAUCUGGGAGGACUGUACCUUUUUGACAAUGCUUUCCGAGGAGAGAUACCGGAUUGGAUCGGAGAUGUAUCAACCUUGAAGUACAUCCGACUAAGCAAUAACUUCCUAACUGGAACCUUGCCCACAACGAUUGGUCAUCUCAAUCCAACGGAGCUGACGCUGGCAAAACUUGAACUUUCGGGACCACUGCCAUCUGAACUCGGGAAGAUGACCGGGAUGAAGACUCUCAAGUUGCAUUCGACACCAUUCGAUGGAAUCAUCCCAGAGGAGUUUUACAACAUGACUAGUUUGCAAAGACUAGAUAUGUAUGACUGCAGUCUCAGUGGCACUUUGAGUACCAGCAUUGGGAAGAUGGCAAAUCUUCUGGCAUUGCGAAUCAGUAACAACCGACUCAGUGGUCCACUCCCAGCCGAACUUGGCAAUCUUCCUCAGCUUGGCGAAAUGUGGGUGCAUGGGAACAAUUUUGAUGGUGCUGUACCUUUUGAGGUGUGCAGUUCGAAGGAGCUUGCGAGCUUAGAAGUAGUGUCCGCUGACUGUCUCCCGAUGAGCUCGACUGGUAUUGCCCAGAAUUCAUGUGACUGCUGCGACACUUGUUGCAAUGCGGAAACCAAGAUGUGUACUCCUGUGGGCGAAUGA